AUGCCCCCGCUAGAUGAUGGUGAGGUUGAGAAGACUGCUGAAUUUGCCCCCACUGCAGAGGAACUUAUAGCCAAAGGAAAGCGGGAUCUAAUUUGUCUCGAGAUUAGUAGUGCAGUUGAAAAUUUUCAGAAGGCCUGCGAACUAAUAGCCGCGGAGCAUGGUGAUUUUCACGAAAGCUUAGCUGCACCGAACCUCUUGUACGGUACAGCUCUGCUAGAGCUCGCAAGGUCAGAAAACAAUAUUCUGAGCGAGGCAGUUGGAAACGCAGAAUCAGAUGCAUCUGAUAGUGAGGAGGAUGAGGACACCGAAGAUGACCCUCCUGAAGAACAGAAUCCACCGGAGGUUUUGGCAGAAGAAGCUAAAGAGGAUGGACAGACCAAAACCACAGGUGACACGGAUGAGGAGAAAAAGGCAUCGUCGCCGGCCGGAAAUGGUGUUAAGAAUAAGGCUGAAGAAGUAACCGCCGAAAACGGUGUGGUCACCAACGGCUCUACUGCUGUUCAUGUUGAGUCUGACACAGCCGAGAAGUCUGCCGCUGAUAAUGAUACCCUCGAGAAUAAGGAAGGCGAUGAGGAUGUUUCUACUCUUCAGCUGGCCUGGGAAGUUGUUGAAGUCGCUAAGGCUCUUUUCAGCAAGCAUGAGGAUAGAGAAAAUCAGCUUAAGGUUGCUGACUGUCUUGAAAAACUCGCCGAAAUCAGUUGCGAAAAGGAAGACCACGAACAAGGCAUAAAUGAUCUGUUGGAAUGUCUCGAAAUAAGAAUGAAGUAUGCAGGCGAGAACGAGAGACUCAUUGCGGAAACUCACUUUCAACUCGGCGUGGCAUACUCCUUGCUGAACAAUGUCCAUUCUUCCAAUGCGUCGUUUGCCACAACGCUUGACUAUCUCAAUAAGCAUAAAUCUAAAUUGGUUGCCAGUUUUGAGGCGCAAGAAACUGAGUCAGACUCAGGAAAAGCUGACGCCCACAGACUAGAAUUGCAAAUUAAGGAGAUCACGCAACUCAUUAAGGAAGUCGAAGAAAGGCAGAAAGAGAACGCGGAAACCCCAAAUUGCAAGGAGGUCAACGGGGAUAUAGCACCGCCAAAACCUCUAAAUGAUGUUCCUACCAGUGACGUAACACAUCUCAUCAAGAAGAAGAAGAGGCCUGUAGAGGCCCCUGAAGGCGAUCUCAAGAAGCCGAAACUGGAUAUUCCAGAGUCCGAUUCUGCGAGCACUGCUCCGGUUGCGUGA